UAUUGUUCUGCCUGUCCAACAUGGCGGCUCCUGGCUGCAUCUUCCACAGAACCCUGACCCGGUCCAGAUCCGGUCCACACCAGGCGUCCUGUCCAGCUGUCUGCAGAGAGUCUCUGUUUGUGCUGGAUGUGCACCGUUACAGCAGAGACCAGGGAUCGUCUGUCUACUUCCCCCAGGCUGUCCUCAUGGGUGACGACUUGUAUGACAUCACGCUGACAGACGGGGACUGCAGGCUUCGAGUCACUCUGGAUCCUGGUCUGAACCGGCUGGUGGAGAGAAACGUCCUUCAGCCGGGGUCAAUGCUACGUAACGCCACUUUCACGCCCGCCAUGGCGGCUCAGCUCCCAGAAUGCACCGGCGUCUCUGGAGAGAAAGACAGUUACAGACUGGUGAAGGUGGAGGUCACAGAUGAAGCUGGAGGUGAGGAGGGCGGAGUCAGAGGAAUAAAUGUGGGCAGCGACUCACUGCCCUGGUUUGGACAGACUGAACCUGAAGGUUCUCUACUACCCCUGAGAGCCAAUCGGAGCGUGUUUUUGCCUCUCUGGAACAGUGUGGACUACAGUGGGGAGGAGUGGAGGGAAGCUCCGCCCACUUACGAAGAGAGAGAUGAAGAAGAGGACGAAGAACAUCGUCCUUCUGUGACCGUGUCGGAGCUGAGAGACGCCUUCCUGUGCGGUCACCGGAGCGUUACCAGGGGAACCAUGAGACACCAGCUGAUUGUACGCGUCAUUAACAAGUCACACCUGAUGUAUUAUGGGAAACCAGACAGGAACUGUGACUGUCCAUAUAAGGCAGUCUUGGAGGCGUCUGACCAGACAGGAAGUGUGUCUGUGGUGAUGUGGAAUAGUGUGUGUCUCACCUGGUAUCGCUGCCUCAAGCCCGGUGACAUCAUCAGCCUGAGACACUAUCGAGUCAAACAGCACUACCAGGCGGAAAUUGAUGACAUAGAGAUCAGCGUGAACAGCAGAAAUCCUGCUGCUCGCAUUUCCAUUCUCCCAGAAUCUUCUGUGUCACCUGAGUAUGUUCCACCUGUGCCCACCUACAGCUUCUACAACAGUGAGGAGCUCCGUGACCAUCCUAAUGGAGAUGUCUGUGAUGUCAUCGGCCUGCUGACGUUCUCAGGAAGAUCAGAGCGAAUCAGGGACAAGGAUGGAAGAGGGGCGGAGCUCUUGGAGUAUCACUGGCUGCGAUUGGAAGACGGUGCGAGCAGUCGGCCAAUCAUGGUGAAGCUUUUCUCCACCUCUCAACCAGAAUCCCACAACAAGCUCCACCCACUGUCGGUGGUCGUUUGUACGGGACUGAAGGUGAUCAGAGCUGCAGACCGGACAGAAGCCUGCUACCUGACUAAUACCACAUACACACAGGUGUACUGCACAGGACUUGGCCACCACUCAGAGAUGAAAUACCGUAAGCUCCGCCCGGUGCGACAGUUCCUCCAGUGGCUGAAGAGCCAGGAUGACGGACAGGUGCUGGGCAGGGCUCUGAUUGGAGGAUUCUUUAUCUACCCGCCUCCUCCCGUUUCCUUGGAAACAUACAUGAAAGAAAGGCGAGGUGAGCCGGGUUUCCUGCGAGGGGCGGAGCUACAGAGAGAGGUGGAGAGGCUCUGUUACCGGGAGCGUCGCACCUACUGCAUCCAAGCAACCGUUACCAUGGUUACAUACAGCCGGAUAGGAGAGGAGGAUCGCUGUUUGUUUUGGAUGGACAGAGCUUCAUCUCUGUCCCCCCCUCCCCCUCCUCAUCCUCCCCCCGCCUCUCGAGGUCGUCCCCUCACCCCUCCCCCUCCUCAUCCUCCCCCGCCUCUCGAGCUGACGCCCAGCCGUCUGGAGCGCAGACCCAGGCACCCGCGGGUCACAAUGACACCUGAACCCAACAACAAGACAGUCAUUCUGUUUGAAGCCUCCAUGGAGUUUCUUGAGAACACAAAUUCCGAUGAAGGCGAUGAAGGUGAGGAUGAAGAAGAUGACACUUCAUCGUACGUCACCGCUCCACUCCUCCCCGUCUUCCCUCUGGUUGCCGUGGAGACGCUGCCGAUGCGUUAUGACCACGCUCGCAAAGAGGACCAGGCGGGCGUCGUGGCAAUGGGUGGAAAGGCGACAGAUGAUGGCGGGUUUGACUUCGCUCUGGAGGAUUACUACACACUGAGACUAAAGGCUCUGUCCGAUAACGUGAUGGUGGACGUCGUCUUCCUUCCUCACUCAUCCUUCGCUCUCUCUCCUCCGCUCCACCAUCACUCCAACACCUGGAGCUCCAUCCUAUCACACGGAGCCUUCUCCUCACACACACCUCCACCUUCACCAGCUGACCUCAUCACCAUGGCCACACAGCUGGCCAAUCAGAGGCUUGUAUGUGUCCUGGAGGCGUGUCACCUGGGCGGAGCCAAAACUGAACUGAUCCUGAGCCGAGCCUUUCACCUGACAGUCUGA